AUGGGACGCAUCACUAUUUUUACGGCAACCCACUGCUUGUUCAGUCUGCAAGUCAAGCAUGAGCUGACAAAGCGAAAUCUUCCUUUCAGUGAGGUUAACUUGACCGAGUAUCCCGAGAAGAGAUCAGACGUCUUUAUGCUCACCAGACGCAUGACAACUCCCCAAGUCUUCUUCAACACUCGGUAUAUUGGAGGGUGUGACGCCACACUGCAGCUGCUGGACGAGUGGGACCAUGACACCCGCCAUGCAAGUCCUCUUAAAAAGUACAAAUCUCAGAUUGCACGGUUUCCAGAUCCAUCCAACCCUCACUUGGCAUUGCCCGAAUCUCAAUCGAUGGAAGAGACUUCCAGCUCAGAGUCUUCGUCCUUGGCUGCUCUACCCCUCGAUUCUCCAUCCGUAACCCUGGAGUUGCCCGAUGGAACAGCCAGAACAUAUACCGUUUCCGAUCUCAUCGAGGAGCUUUCCGAGGUUCUACCUCUGGGUACGUUGUCUUAUCAUUUGACCAGUUACAAGAACAGCGUGACUGGUACUGCAGCCGUGGCUGCCUUGAUGAAGCACUUCCAAACAGAGACCAGGGAAGAGGCAGAGGACAUCGGCAAGCAACUCGGCCAACACAACAUUAUCCAUCAUGUUUGCUUCGAGCACAGAUUUCAAGACACAAAAGCCUACUUUUAUAGGCUCCAGGCGCACCAAACGCCGCACAUCCUCAAUUCCUUGUAUUUGGUCAGCGAUGAAGAAAUGCAUUGGGACAAUGCACGAGCAGAGGCUCUCGUGGAACGUCUCGAGGUGCUCGUGGGGCGACUAGAACGAGAAUGCUACGCUCUGGAGGAUGGAGGCGGGAUCCGGUAUAGCGAAGGUAUCAAACAAAAGAGCCUGUUUCGAGAACUGGAGGAGGGCAUCUGUCUUUUUCAAGCAGUUGAAUUCGACACCAUGAAGCCCAAGGAACUAUUGGCGUGGGGCUUGAAUGUAUACAACAUCAUGCUCAAGAUCGCCCUUUUCAAGCGUGGCAUUCCAAAGAAAGAAUCUACACAGCAAAUUUUUCUUCGCGAAAUCCAAUUCAAUGUGGGGGGCAAACUCUACAGCUUUAUCGACUGGUUGAGCGUGAUUUCCGCAGGGAAAGUUGGGGGCGACCAGCCCGUCUCCGCUCGUCGUAAAUCAGUCGACCCUGCAACAAUCAAAAACAACAGGAAAAUGUUCCCAAAGAGGACCAAGUCAUUUGAUGGUGGCAGCAGUCCACUUCGACGCUCCAGUAGGAUGAGCACGAGAUCACCAGAUCUGGCUUCUCCGGCGGACUACCGUGUGUACUUUGCCACACACUUGAUCUGGGCCCGUUCAUCUGCCAUGCCACACUUUACAGCACAGAACUUGGACAAGGAACUGACAAUCGCGGCACUGGCAUUCUGUGCAGAAGACUCCAAUGUCAAAGUAGAUACCGCCAAAGGAGAACUGAGUGUAUCCAAUGUGUUUUCCUGGUACCGAAAAGAUUUCUGCACCAGCUCCAGUACCUUUACCUCCGAAAUAUCGGACAGUCUCACGGCUAGUGCAAGUUCCUGUGACAGGGAUCUGACGAGCAUAUUGUUUAGCCUUUUGGAGAGCCCCAAGAAGUUGCAACUUCAACAGCUGCUGUAUUCUGGAUCCAAAACAAAGCUGAAGAUCAGCUUCCACGCCGAUGACUGGACCAUCAAUGCUCUUGGGAAGGAUUACGUGACUUUCCAAGCCUCUUCCAUCGAUGGCAAUUGUUCCAGAAUCUAG